CAUCUUGGGUCUGCUACAGCACCGCCAUCAUCAAGCUUGGAGAUGCUGUUUUGCUCUGCUGUGAGAGAUUCAUGUGUUUGGUGAAUAGCUGAAGCCUUUGUUUUACCAAGAGGAUUAAGGGAUUUUUUACUUUUUUUUCUGCCCCUUUCAGAUCUAUCAGGCUGUGCCACAAACCACUGGUCAGCCUUUAACCCUCUCUGGUAUUCCAGCCUCCACAGCUGGGAAUUAGAUUUUAAGUUGGUAAACCUGCCAUGCCUUCACUUUUUUCAUUUUUUUCCCUGUCUCAGUGGAGUAACUCUCACUGCUUUUUAUUGAUUUAUUUAUUUUCUGCCAGUGCUCGUCAGUGCUGCUGUCACCUAAGGAUUGAUGCACUGAGGCACACCAUGGCGUGUGGUUCAUAGCCAGCAUCAAGCUCCUGUAUUUGGGCACUGAUUUUUUAAAAGUGCUUAUUAGUUUAAAAACUGUGACUUUCUUGCUUAAUUUUUGAGACAUGUUAUGGUCUCCGAAGCUCUCCCUGUCGAACAUCCACGUGCGUUUGACAGCUAAGGGUUUGCUCCGAAACAUUCAGCUGCUGUCAGGAUGCAGGAAGAACACUGUGGUUUUCCAAGCAGUGGACAAGAACAAACCCAAGGCCAGUCCCGCCAGCAAAACCCUCCGAGGCAACCAUCCCAACCGAAACCAGAGCCGCGGACCUCCGGAUGUGGUACCAGCGGAUGUUUCCAAGGAUGAGAGGAAGGACCAGAGCAUCCAGCUCAAAGGACUCCUGGCAGCCAGUAACUGCAGAUUUGAGGCACUCACCAUCGUCCUGCAGAAAAUGUUGACUGAGCGUGAUGAAGCCUCAAAGCAGUGCAGGGAGCUAUCCCAGGAGCUUGUCAACCUUCGAGGAGAUCUGGUUUGCUCCAUCCAUUCAUCCGAGCGUUUGGAGAAGGAGAAGGAGGAGUUGCGUGUUGCUCUGGAGGAUGCUCUGCACAAACUGCAGGAGCAGCACCAGAAGGAUGUGGCUGAGCUGGAGCAGAGGCUACAGGCCUUCUACCAGGCUGAGUGGGACAAGGUCCACCUCACCUACCAGGAGGAGGCUGACAAGUGCAAGACUCUCAUGCAACAGCAGAUGGGAGAGCUUAAAGCCAAUCAUGAAGCUAUGAAGCUGGAACUACAGAACAGCCACGUAGAACAGCUGCAGUGUGUUAAACAGCAGUAUGAAAUGUCACUGGAAGAGCUCAGGAAAGUUCACAACGAGGAGCUGCAGUCUUUGGACAAAACUUUGAAAGAUGCAGAAACUACUCUAUCUGGACAGAUUCAAGAGCUGACUGCUGAGAACAAUGCCCUGAUAGAGAAGCUAACAGCAGAGGAGAACAGGAGGAAAGAACUGGCCGAAAAGAGUCAGAAAGACUCCCACACCCUGUACCUGGAGCAGGAGCUGGAGAGCCUCAAAGUGGUGCUGGAUAUCAAGAACAAACAGCUCCACCAGCAGGAGAAGAAAAUGAUGGAGAUAGACAGACUGACGGAGAAAAAUGUGAAGUUGGAUGAGAACCUUAAGAAGGUCCAGCAGGAGAAUGAGGAUCUCAAAGCUCGCAUGGAAAGGCAUGCUGCACUGUCAAGGCAGCUGUCCACAGAGCAGGCCAUGCUGCAGGAGUCUCUUCAGAAGGAGUCCAAGGUGAACAAGCGUUUGUCCAUGGAGAAUGAGGAGCUGCUGUGGAAGCUCCAUAACGGAGACCUGAGUAGCCCCCGCAAAGUGUCCCCCACCUCCACCUCCCCCUCCCACUCCUUCAGCCUCCAGUCACCUCGCAGCUCUGGCAUCUUCUCCAGCCCUCCCGUCUCACCCAGAUAACGAUGGGCCCCUGCUUCCAGGAAGCAGACCCUCACGUUUGAGUUAUCCCUCGAGAAUAUGGAGCCAUGUUUGUUUCCUGUUCGCUUAGCAACACAACAGCCUGACCUUGGCUCCUUCAGGAUUGGAUGAACUCUGACACUGUCUGUACAGAUGCUACAGACUGUAAGAAAAAUGUUGCACAGACGCACUUAAUAAGCAAGGCCACCUUGUUCUUUGCCUUUCACAUCUGAAACUAUGGAUGAGGGAAAAGGAAAUCUCAGGACUUCUAUGUAAUGAAACACUAUUUUUGUUACUUGUAGUUGUUGGCAGAGGCUUGUCUUUCCUGAAGCUGAGCACACGCACACUUACAGUACAUGCAGUAAAAAAAAAAAGAAAAAAAAAAACCAAACAUGCAUGCAUAUGUAUACACAUGUGCAGAUACAACCCUGCAGAGUGUGAGGGGGCGUCUUUGUGUCUCUGGAGACCACAGCCAUGCAAAGUCUGAAUUCAGAAUAGCUAUGAAUACAGAUGGCACUAUCCCUCCUCAGGGCAUCUUUUUAUUUUAAAUAUGUAUGGAGUAUUGCUUCUGUUGGAUUCCUGCACCAUUUCUCACAGCUAACUGCUCAAGGGCGACAGUCAACCUGUCUUAUUACUAACACUGCUAGUCAGUACACCAGUGCUGUACAUGCCUCUGUCUAAAAAGAGAAAUGGUUGUACUCAUAUGCAGGCUGCUCUGCCCACAGUGCUCAUGGGAAUGUUCAGAGUUUCCUUCUUAUUUUCAAAGGUUGGGAUUUUUUACAUCUCUACAGUUUCAGUAUCAUUUCUGGCCUCAAACAUGUUGUGUUUCUCCACUUUUGUUGUUUGUUUGACUAAGGGACCAAUCAAAGUCUUUGUGCAUGUGUUUGAGUCAUGUCAAUCAACCCUCACUGAACCCUCCUCCUAAAGCAGCUUUAAAUUCAGGGUCUUUACAGAGAGUUGACCAGAAGAAGCCUUGCUUGUACAUGUCAGAGACACUGCAUCUUGGAAAUGUCUCAAAAAGAGUAUUUUGUGUGGAGCUGAUAUUACCGGUGUGUUGACCCUGUUUGAAAUAUGCAAAUAAUAAAGUCUUGUAUCAAACCUUAA